CUUAACUUUUUAUAUCAAUGUCAUUUAAAACAUAAUGACUUAAAUUUGUUGCUGGUAUGUGACUGAAGCAGAGUCACAUGUGAUAACAUCAACUGCUCUUUCAGGAGCUCACAGGUGGAAGUGAGUUUUAAUUAGCAGGCGUGAUUAAAACGAAUGAACUGUGAAAAUGAAGGAAAAAUAAAACUUCAAUCAAUGAGCACUUUAUCUGCAGAGGAUCGACUCAUCUGCUUCUCAGUGACAUUUAGAGAUUAUAUACAAAACACAAAGGUAAUAAGAAAUAGACAAACUGAAUGUCCAUUAUGUCUACAUCCUUCACAGAUACACUCAGUCAUGUUUUUUAAAUAUAUAUUUUCAUUUUCCUCUUCAUCCAACAAAGUUGACCCUGUUGAUGUGGUUGCAGCAUUUUCAGUGUGACAAACUUUCCCUCCUUGAAGUGACUUCUUCCUCCUUAUAAACAGUGCAGCUGCAUAGUGAUUGAAACCAGCACCACACUGAGCCAGUUUUAUAAAUGUGAAAAAAGGAAAAGGCCAUCCCUAAGAUGAGAAUCCCAUCAGCUUACACUGCUGUGUAUAACUCCUGGCCUCUCAUCAAUAGUCAUAACAACUUGUAUAUUAACGAUCAGAUGAACAGAAUCAACUUUCUGGGAUUUGCUUACCUGGAUUAUUGAGCAUGCAUCUCUUAGUUGUUUCAAAGGACAAAAACAUUGAAAGUUUUAAAGAGUAAAAUGAAAAUGUUGAAUAGAAUGAAAUUAAUAAAACAAAGAUGAAAGAGAGGAAGAAAAUGGUUUGUGUUCCUGUGUCCUGACUGGUUGUAGCACAUAAGUGUAGAUGAAUGUCUAUGAUAACAAUAAAUCAGAAACAGAUAAAGAGUGAUGUAAAUCAGAUGAUUUGUGGGAAACUCCAAAGACUGCAGGGUUUACUGAUGCACUUUAGAGAAUAAAGUUUGUUCUACCAGAUGACAAGUUUUAACAACCUAUAAAAUUAGACGUUAAAACUCAGCUACAAACAUGUGUGUGUACAUACACAGAUAUAUAGACAGAUUGAUGUUUUUGUUGUUAUUUUUAUUUUAUUACAAAGUUUUCAUUUCUGACCAGUGAUCCUGAACUCAUGCCUGAUGGUCCAAAUACUACUGUUAGAUCAAAGCUGCUGGUAUUUUACAGAAAUCAGUAAUCAGCGGUAAAAUGUCGCCCCUGUGGAAGUAGUUUAAGUUAACGACUGAAAAGGACUUGCCUUUAACUUUCUGCUGCAUGAUCACUUUACUGGGACCACAGCGUCAUUCGAUCUGCACUGCAGUUAGCUCAUCUUUAAUAAACCCACCCAAUUAAAAUCCAGGGGCAUGUUCAAAUGAUUAAAUAGUUUUGCUCAGGAACGUUCCUAACUAAGAGAAGUGACCUGGAAGUGUCUGUAUGGUAACAGGUACAAAUGCUCUAGGUGCUUAGCAAAAGAGCUUGAGUGCUGUCUUUAUAACCUCCUUUAACAGCGAAUAUACUGAACCAUCAUUUAUGAAAGGAGAGGAGAAAUAUCAUCCCAACAGCCAUCUUAUUAUUCAAUUAACAAAGCCAAUGAAGUUAGCUUUGUUAAUUGUACUGACAGUACACUGUCUUAGAUGGUAUAAAGUUUGUCUGAAGGUUAAAUUCAGUGAAUGGAUCUAAGAGCCAUCAGCUAAAAAUCAUAUUAAUCUCUGCUUCACUUGCUGUAACCCAAAAGCAGACACAAUACACAGAAUCUAACAGGUUUAUUUGUGGGCAGGAAACAACAGAAUAUAAGGAACAUCAUAGGGCAGGAUGUGUGAAGUGGAGGAGAGUAGAGUUAGUAAUGUAGCGCCAGCUUGUUGUUGGUAUUGUGUGAUAUGAACAGCAGGGUUUGUCUUGUUUAUUUCACAAGGGAGAGCACUGGAGGGGAGAUCCAUGGGAGUCGCGAUGGAGGGGAAACUUCCAGAGGCGGGCCGCUGCUCCGAGAGGGAAAGUUCGCCAACACCCACAGACAUGACAGUUUCUGAGAGGCUACACGUAAGCUGAACUGCUGAGAGGAAAUCAGCUGGUUUACAGGAACUCGUGGUUGUUGUGUAAACACUCUGUCACUGCUGUAAAAUCAGCUGAUAAGAGGUUUAAAGUCUCCUGUCAGGUGUGUGAUGGACAGUUUUAAGAUUCUUCUAAUUCUCUGUGAUGACCUUAAUGAAUUAAAAAGGUUCAUAUCAUCAUAUUCUGUCUCUAAUUGUUCUAGUUGUUCAACUUAACUUGUGUCCAUAAAUGACUCUUGUUAUUCUUCUUGGUCUAAACCCAGGCAGACUGCUGCUGUGCUCUGUGUUGUUGUCCGAUCUGUUUCCAAAGGUAAAGUAAAUCCUCACAAAGACAAACUGUUUGUGUGAAAAUAGAUUUAUUUCAGACUUAUGUAUUAAUCUGGUGUCAGUGGUUGAUGUAAAUUAUUAUAAUUUUAAAAUGACUCCCUGUAUGUUCACAUCUCCCUGAAUGCAGUUGUGACUGUGAGGUAGACUCCUGCUUACAGAGCUGACACGAGGAAGAGAUUGAAUUCUGUGUCUUAUCUUUUAUGAAGAAGUGGAAACAUGUACCAUGAUUUCAAGACCCCAAAGAGCUAAACUAGCAAAAACCUAGAAAAUGAACAACCUCUACUGUGUUUGUAUCUCUGCCUUCACAGGUUGGUAUGAAUGAGCCUCACAGAGCUGCUGCUGGAACCUUAAUUUGUUUACUUUCAUAGAGUGAGAAUGGCUGUUAAAAACAAAAACUACUGAUAAUAUAAAUAAUCCACAUGACGCAGUGAAUUUUACUUUAAGAUUUUUUUUCUUUCGUUUCCUUUGUGUAAAUAACGGGGAUUACCCUGGUGUCUGUGCUUUCACUUUCGUGUUUUUAUUUGCCUGUGAUCUUGAUUCAGGCUACAUAAAGAUCGCUGAACACCUCACAUGAUCAGACUCCUUCACACACUCACUUGUGCUCUCCAAAGCAGGUCGCAGGAGGAGGAGCUGCUUUGUGUUCCUGAGCUGAUCAUCGACUGAAUAUGGACAAAGACGAACUCGAACUCAUCAUGGCUCUGAGAGCCAUGGCUUUUUUAGAGGCGAUGGAAAUGCAAGCGGAAAUUCUGAAAAGGCUGGCUGCUGCAUGUCGCCCUGAAAGUCCCAGGAGCUCUGCUGAAAGGAAAAGAUUAAUAAAACUUGCAAUAGAGAACUGCAAAGACGAAACUGUCCUGCAGUGGCUGAGAGAAAAUUCAGAGUCUGGCACCUUCAGAAAACUCUCAGACAUGUUUGAUUUUCUGAAAAG